AUUAUAACAAGUAAACAGAACAAAUUUAUAGCUACGUUUAUAGAAAAGUCCUGUCCGAUCAGGUUCCAGGGUGAAUUUCGGUCUUAGAAUAGAAUAGAAUAUAAUAUAAUAGAAUAGAAUAGGAUCGAAUAGAAGCGUCGGCACUGAAGAACUAGGCCCAUGGCCUGUUGUCUUGAUUGAUUUAUUCGAAAUUAAAUUAUCCAAUUUCUUGAACGCCGUCAAACUGAACACCGAACAUGACACUAUCGCUACAAAUCUUAAAUCGAGAAUCCUUAUUGGAAUUAAUAAUAUUAUAAAUCAAUCAUUAAACAUUUAUAUAAACUGAUGAGUAUAUGUGGGAGGUUAUUUUAAUAUUGAUUGAAAAUUAUUUUCGCCAUGAUUGAUUGCAAAGUUGAAUAUUUCAGAAACACGUCAAAAAGACAAUGGCGGACGACGCGGCCAUCGUGCGCAAAUGCAGCAUGUUCGAGUCCAUGAUGGACAUGCUACAGUCACAUGCACAAACCAUGAUAACAUGUUACUGGCUGACGUUAUCAACGACUGUACCCGUCACCGAGGAGACUGUCAUGGCCGCCUUGAGGCAGCUGUACAGGCGAGUGUGCAACCUGCGGCUGGUGUACCGCAAGAAUAGCGACGACGACACUUGCUUCGCCCAAAUGCCGGAGGAGCGGAUUGAUUUACAGACAAUCGAGGCCGAUGAUGUGCAAGAAACUUUCAUUCGGCUCACUCGGACCAGCUUCAACGGGACCGUCGGCCCCUUGUGGAGGGUGAGGAUAACCUCAUCAACCUCCAUAAGUGUUCAUGACAAGUCGGAGUCAUUUAGUACGAAAUCCAGUGAAUUUGGGUAUGAAAACAACGUUUUGUUCGGCUUUCAUCACGGAAUAACAGAUGGCUUUACUUCAGUUAGGCUAAUUGGCCAUUUUAUGAACUUUUUGAAUAAAGCUAUCGCGGGCGACUUGGUUGACUCAAGUGAACAACUCGCAGAACUGGCGGAUUUUGACCUCAACAACAUGGAAGUGUUGCAAAAGAUUAUGUCCCAGAUGGCCGAUCCGUUAGAGAAUGACGAAUUGGAAAAAGAGUUCAAUGGCUACGCUGAAGUAAAACCGGUGUUUCUGAAAGCCAUACCUGCACUCGGAGAGGUGGAGAACACAACCCUAAGCCUUCGCCAUGACUUCGACGAGGAGUCGACCAAAAAGUUCCUGUCACUGUGCAAGAGCAACGGAGUCUCGUGCCACACCGGGUUCACCACCGUCCUCAAAGUCGCGUUGCUGGAACUGGUCCAGUCCCAUGGGCUGGAUCAGGAGGAGUACGAGAUGCUGACUAUGCACGUAACUAAUGGAAGGAGGUACUGGGACACCAUUAAGAUUGAUACCGAGCGACAAUACGGUGCAUGUUUCAUUGCGACACCUCUGAGGAUGAAACUCCCAAAAAAUGCCCAAGAAAAUUUCUGGAUUCAUGCAAAGGAGUUGCAUAAAACUUUCCAUUCUAAUCUUAAAAACGUAUUUUCUUUCAAGUAUAUUAUCAUCGCUGUCGCUGCUCAAGGCCUAAGUGCGGGAUUUGACGAAAUGCAGAAACUCUCUAACACUGAUUCUAGUAGCCUUGAUACUGCUGGUGCAAACACAAAUGACACUAGCAGUGCUAGCCCCAACCCCACCAUCGACUCUGGCAAUGGCCAAAAUCAAAUGCGGCCUUUGCCUUCGUUCGACACGACCAACAUGGGUGACGUCACCGACUUCCUGUCAGGAAAAUUCGCCAAGCAAAACGGAGAGCCAGCAAACGAGUACGCCGUCAUCAGAGACUUCACGCGGCUGACUUCUACUCACGCUCAUAAAGAGAACAUUUGUUCGCAUGUCUUCCACACGUACAACGGCAGACUCAUGUACAGUCUGGCGUACAACACGUGCUUCAUGACGAGUGCCACGGCCGCGGAGUACGUCAGGAUCAUCGCUGACGUUAUGCAAUCCCUCCUCUGAGUUGUUACCUUCAUAUUUGGGCUGAUGAUGGAGGUGCUCUAAAUGAAAAGGCUAUACGGUCUGAAUGAGCUACAUGAUCGGAUUAUUAUUAUAUAUACGUUCAUCAUUUGAUAAAUGUUGCGGUAUAAAACUUUUUCGUGAAAUUUUUUCAGGAUUUGUUUGAGAUUUGCAUGUCCGUUAGGUGGGUCAAUCGGCCUUAAAAAUUCAAUGGUCGCUUAUCCUCUUCAGUUCGCUUGAUCAAAAAUUAGAUUUUGCACAGUAUUGCACCAAUUCAUUGAGAUUUCACUGUUCAUUAUUUAUCCUAAAUUUCAUGAAAUAAUUGUAGAUGAAUAAAAUAAGCGUUGAUAUAUAUUAUGGUUUCG